UCAAGAUUGUUUUUUUCGACUAAAAAGAUUCAACAUUUAUUAAGAAAAUAAAACAAACAAAAAUAUAUAAUUGGUACGCAACAACAUUUUUUGGCGGUUCACGGCGGGGUGAAAAGGUGGUUUAAACGGCGUUAAAAAAAAAAAAACCUCUUCUUCUGCGUCGCGUUGUCUCCGGCUCAAAUUUGCUCAGUUUGUUAGGUUAAGCUUGGAUGACAGAGACACUUUGACUUUCUCUUACGAUGAGUACACGACGAUAUGGCAUUUCCAGACAUCAGCGGGUUGACAACUCCCGUGGUGAAGGAGGGCCGAACUGGAUCUUAAUUGCUGGGGGAGCCUUGUUGAGCACAUUGUCUAUACGCUUUGGGUACAAGUUAAAGCAGUCUGUUGACUCUAAACCUCAUCCGGAUGCUACUGCUGGAUUAAAACCCAAUGAAACAUCUGAUAGAGGAAAAUCUCGAGGAUGCUGUUUGCAUUCUGGCUCAUCUUCUUGUGAAAGGAAUAAGGAUUGUUGCUUCCACACCAGUCCAGGAACUGAGAAUGUAGAGGGAGAGCAAAUGGUGGCUCCCAGUGAUUCGCUGCCUCUUGUGACAGUUCCUGCUCCAUCAUACAUCAAAGAGAAUGGAGUCGGGUGGGCUGAUCACAUGAAAUCAUACAAUCAUCAGUCGACCUGCUCAGAUUCUCCUUGCGUAUCUGAAUCAGGGUCAGACAUAUUCAGCAAGCGAGAAGUUAUACAGAAACUGAGGCAACAGCUAAAGAGACGAGACGACAUGAUACUUGAAAUGCAGGAACAGAUUAUAGAUCUCCAAAACUCGCUUAACUCGCAGAUGUCACACUCUAGCCAUCUCCAAGCUCAGCUAGACGCAACAAACAGGGAUCUGUAUGAAUCAGAGAGAGAAGUUCAGAGACUGAGAAAGGCAAUCGCUGAUCACUGCGUGGGACAGGCAGGUAGCAACGGCUGGAACGGGGAAACGAACGGGUUUAUGGACAGCGAAAGCAACUACGAGUCGCCGGGAAAGGGGUCAAAGGAUGGAGAGAGAAUAGAUAUGUUGAGGAAGGAAGUGGGUGAGCUUAAAGAGGUGAUAGAUGGGAAAGAGUAUCUACUUAGAAGCUAUAAGGAACAGAAGAUUGAGCUUUCAGAGAAGUUGAGAGAGCUGCAGAAGAGAUUGGACUCGCAGCUCCCAAACAUUUUGUAGGUUGGAAAGUUUAGGCAUUGUGCAUUCUUUACUAUCUUUUCUUCUCUAGGAGAAGCAACAAAACAUGAAUCAUUGCUCUCUCUCUGGGAAAACAACCUCUUCUGAAUACAAUUUGUUUUGGUGUAUAAGCUUCGGCUUUGAAUGCCUUGAUGUCUCA